AUGCACCGCGCGCAGUCGUCGUCCGUGAGCCUGCCGAACGCGGCGGCGGUGUCGGCUGUCGCGGCCGGAAACCGUCGCCAGAGCGACCAGGACGUGAACCGGUUCGCGAACGUGAUGCUCGAGAGCUUGGUGAAUGAGAUUUACUCGCUGUGUAAGGAUCAGCAUGGGUGCCGGUACUUGCAGAAGAAGCUCGAGGAGCGGAACCCGACUUAUUUGAAUAUGAUCUUCAACGAGACUUAUCCUCAUGUUGUUGAGUUGAUGAUUGACCCGUUUGGCAACUAUCUCUGCCAGAAGCUGCUGGAGCACGCUAAUGACGAGCAGCGCACUGUCUUGGUUGAGACUGCAGCGCCGCAGCUCGUCAAGAUUGCGCUCAACCAGCACGGCACUCGUGCGCUUCAGAAGAUGAUUGAGCACGUUUCCACUCCUGAGCAGGUCCGCUUGAUUGUGAAUGCUCUGAAGACGAAUGUGGUUGAGCUGAUUCAGGAUUUGAACGGCAACCAUGUGAUUCAAAAGUGCUUGAACCGUUUGUCGACCGAGGACGCGCAGUUCAUUUUUGACGCUGUUUCCGAGAACUGCGUAGCGGUCGGCACCCACCGCCACGGCUGCUGCGUGCUACAGCGCUGCAUCGACCACGCGUCCGAGGCGCAGAAGAAGCAGCUCGUGAACGAGAUCACGGUGAACGCGUUCACGCUCGUGCAGGACCCGUUUGGCAACUACGUGACGCAGUACGUGCUCGAUCUAUGCGACUCGACGUACUCGGACCCGCUGAUCCGCCGGUUCGCGGGCAACGUGUGCACGCUCUCGGCGCAAAAGUUCAGUUCGAACGUGAUUGAGAAGUGCAUCCGUAUCGCGGAGCCGUCGACGCGCAAGAUUCUGAUCGAGGAGCUGCUGUCGUCGGUGUUUCUCGAGAAACUGCUGCGGGAUUCGUAUGCAAACUAUGUGAUUCAGACGGCGCUGGAUUAUGCGGAUGCGCCGACGCGCGUCGCGCUCGUGGACGUCAUCAGGCCGAUUUUGCCGUCGAUCAGGAAUACGCCUUAUGGACGACGGAUCCAGUCCAAGAUCGUGGGAUCGGCGGGAAAUUCGGCGGCUCCUAGCUCGGCGAACUCGCCGCAGCAGACGUAUCAGCAGGCCGGGUUCCGCAGCAGCACUGCGACUCCGCAGCAGUCCUCGCAGCCGCAGCAAGAGCAGCAGCAGCAGCAGUCUCAAAGAGGAUCCUCCAGCGGCUCGGCGGCGAACGCCAACACCCUCGCGCGACGCAUGCAGGGCCUUGAUCUCCAAGACGAGUAUGAGUAUUCGCAGAGCGCGAGCAGCGGCGGCCACACGCGCCAGCAGACGCACCCGACGCACGGCUCGCCCUCGAUGCCAAUGAGCGGAUUACACGAGAGGCAGUAUAGCACGGGCGCGCAGUUUGGGCGGAGCGCUGCUGCGUCGUCGUUUGGCGGGAGCGAGUUUGCGGGGUACGCUCCGCAAAUGUAA